AUGAGCAAACGAUCUUCUGAAGUCGUUGGGGAUGGAGGCCAAGCAUAUCAGAAGCGCCAAAGAAUAUCUAAUGUCACCAAGACAACUUAUACCUCUGUCGACAUACAGUCUGCGAGGCAACUGAAGCAGACUUUAGCAUUCGACCAAGACUCUGGUCGUUCAAAACAUGGUAUACAAUCUUUGAAAGCGUUUCUGGACAGCUUUUCUAUCGCAGACACUGACAACUCGGCCCGGAUUGUCAUUCUCAAAGAAUACCUCGAAUCGCAAAAGCCUGCCGACGAUGAGGAUAAAUCAGCCGUUUUCCUCUCCGAUCUUAUGCAAACUUGGAGUUUUGCAUCCCAAGCUAACGAUGAGUCUCUUCUUUCUGCAGUUCCAGCCGUACUGGCGUUACUUUUGAAGACUUUGUCCAACAUACUAGAGAUGGCUGAACAUGGGUUGAGAUUGGGUAGAACGAUACUUCAGAAGCGUCAACUAGAAUUGAUAGCAAGAGGUCUUACAUCUAAUAAGAGCAAAGAGCACGUAAUCUCCCCGGUUCUACGACUACUUCGAGAACUAUCGAUUUACGAUGGCGGAGCUUUAGCGAAGCAGGUUUUCCGAUCAAGAGACUACACCUUCAAGACAUUGGCGCGAAAUCUUAGCUUAAAAUAUACUGGAGAUGCAGUGGAAGAUCGCAAAAAGCCUUCUGUGCGGACCAAUGGGCUUCGAUUCCUCCUUUCUAUCAUAAAGUUCCUUCCCACAGAAUCGAAACGAGAACUACUGAAUCAAAAGGAUGUUGUUAUGGGCUUAACGAGAGAUAUCAGAGACGACCCUCCGUUUGUGAUACGCGAUAUCCUCGAGACUUUGAAAUCCGGUGUUCUGCAGGACGAUGCUCUACCCAGAGAUGCCAAAUCGAAAGUUGUAAAUGCCAUCUCUCUCGGCCGGAUAGCAGCGUUAUAUGCAUAUGAUCAGGAAGAUGAAGAAACUAGCAGAGGGAAGAAAGCAGUUGAUGAGAUUGCUCAUGAUUUCCUUAUGCUCGCGUGCACAUCGCCAAACCUAGGAGUCCUUAAUCGUCAAAAUGGAUUCUAUCCCAGAGGAAUUGAUGCCGACGAAGGCCUUGAAGUCGAUACAAAAGCCGGUCAUAUUGACCUCGGACUAGACAGUAUUGAAUGGAUGGAGCGCUUUACAGAGAAGGUUCCAGUCCGCAAUACUGUAUUAUCUGAGUUCAUUCAAAAUCUUCGGCCUUGGUCGAGCUUGAAACAAAGCGAGCUAUUAAUGACUAUUCUCGAAUCUGCCCCGGAGCUUGUCGCAAGCUAUUUCUUUACCAAAAAAUCGUUUUCGUUAGAUCCUAAGCUUACCGCAACGUGGGUUGGAUAUUCAGCUUUCGUAUUCUCCACCCUACAACUUCCCAUCCCUCAAUAUCUUGGACACCAGGAGCGGUAUGCGAGACUACCUCCACCCUGUUCUAUUGUGCUGGAAAGUAUAUUGCCUCAACCAUUAACGCAAAAGGUUUUCACACGUUGUCUAAAUCAGCAGCAUAAUCUCAUUUCCUUUUUUGCAAUACGCAUUCUUUCCGUCGCAUUCAACAAAAUGCGGGAAAUAUUGAAAAUGUAUCAAGAAGCGGCCGUUGCCUCCUCUUCGAUAUGGACUCAAGCUGCUGAGAGAUUGACAGAUGAAUUUUGUCAACGUGUUCCUUCGAUUAAGGAUGUCAUUAGCACUUUUCGAAAGCUAUCGGAUACAGAAUUGAUGCAACGAGAGGCCGUCACUAAGUUGUUGGUUUUGUAUUAUGAAGUGGUUCCACGGGUUGGAUUGGACGCUAAGUUUGACGUAUCAGAAACCCUUACGAACGCUCUACAAGCUAUCGAUAGCACCGGGGUAUCCAAAGAGGAUCGCGCGUUCCGAAUCAUGGAAUUAGAGAAUCUAUUUCAGUUCUCUCAUUUUUCGCCGGGGAUGCGAUGGUUCGUCAAGGCAGAGGGGCUUUCAGCUUCUCCUUUUGUGGCUAUGCUAAAGUUGUCUGCCGAAGCACCUGCCGGUGUGCCCUUACUCAAGCUGAGAUCUGUUCUGAGCUCAGUUGUCCAAGAAAAUCAAAUUUUCCAGACUGAGACUACAAUCUCAGCUCUUGACACGUUCAUAGCGAGACUUAAGGAAAUUCAGGGUACACCUAACGAAAGACGGAUUCAAGAAUUUCUGGAUGACUGUGUUUCGAGAUGUGCUUCGAAGCCAGUUAAGUACAUAUUCUCGCUUGAAGAACUAACUUCAAAGUCCCGCGACACCGAGAAAGAGCAGUCUGCUGUAAGUUUGCUUAUACUUGCUGUUGCUGAACAAUGGCCAUUUCUUGUCAAGUCUGGCACAGAUAUUCUCAAAGAUGUGGCUGAGUUCAUUGCUCGUUUCCUGGCAGCUUCCAUAAAGAUUGGCGAGGAUAAAAAGGUCAUUAAGUUGAUCACCAAAGCCAUGGUCGAUGAAACACCAGAGGAAUCGUCAGCUCGAAAGAUUCUAGAGAAAUCUCGAAAACUUGUCGAUGAAAUCGAAAUUCCACAACCAUCGCAACUAGCCACUGGAGAGCCCAAUUUUGCAAUUGCCAAGGAUGGAAUUUCAGCAGCAGAAAUAGACGAAGUAAAUGCUACAAUGCUCAAGGAAUUGCCCGAGGAGGACCAUAAUGCAUUGGUGAAGUGGGCGGCAAAGGAUAUAGAGGAAGUUAUCGAAGGCGGUCAUGCUGCAGCACUGAUCAUGCUACUAUCUUCGGAACAACUAAGUGUUCGCAAGGAGGCAUUGACCAAUAUAUCGAAGAUCGGAGCCAAACUCAAAGAAUCUUCAUUCGAAGAAAAGGAACAAAUUUGGCUUCUUCUCUGUGAGUUGGUGGAGACAUCGAAGAAGGUGAUCAAUGUAGAACCACUUCCUGCCAUCAUAUCAUCGUUUGCGUCGCAUUCCGUAGCUGUACUAUGCGACCCUCUCCACUGCCUUUAUCCUAAAAUUAACAAGUUCCUUUCUCAAGGUCCAACAUGGCAGGUUGACAAAGUACCUUUGAUGUAUAAGGUUUUAGACGAGUCGCCAAGUCUUGACAAUCACCAUCACUCAGAAGUCUCCUGGCUUCUGGAUGUUAUGCUUGCUGGCCUUCAAACGCCAACAGAUAUGGGCAUAUUUCGAAAACGCCGAGUCUUUGAGAAGUUAUUGACAUUAUAUAACAACCCGUAUCUUGCACAAGAAUCAGAAGAGAAAAUACUCAAGCUGAUGUUUCGUGCAACCACAAUUGAAGGAGGAAGCACCACGUUGAUUACAAGACUCAGUAGCAUUACAUGGCUGGAGGUACAAGUUGCUUUAGGUGGCGGUACGCCUUUGAGGGUGUUAAUGCAAAGCAUCAUAGAUUUAAGUGACCAGCAAAGAAUUGAAGAGUGGAAGAGGGGGCAGAAGGCGCCAAGGACUGAAUAG